AGGAGAGGACACAGCUGGGGGAAGGGAGUAGAGAUGAACCAGGGCUACUACUAAAGGUAGUUAAAGCUUUUUGUCAUCAAGCUUGACUUGUGAUGUAAGAGUCACCUCAAGUCCACGAGCGUGCACCGGCUGGCCACGAUGAAUACCUCCGAUGCCAACAACACGCCACAAUGUUACUCCCUCAAAAGCCCUCCAUUCAAUUACACACAUCCCAUCAGCUCAGCAUACUUCUCAACCAUCCUCAGUACUUUGGGAAUCACCUCAAAUCUCAUUGCCUUCAUUGUUCUCGUCAAAUCUUUCCGACAAAUGCGGAAUCGGUCACGGUCUUUCUUCUUAAUCUUCCUGGGCGGUCUUGUAGUUACUGACUUUAUGGGUCUUUUGGUCACAGGUUCCAUUGUUGUCUCCUUCCGUUUUACACGUUUUAAUUGGCGCCAAGUAGAUCCUAACUGCCACUUCUGCAACUUCAUGGGUAUGUCUAUGGUCUUCUAUGGACUGUGCCCACUGCUGCUUAGUGCCACAAUGGCCAUGGAGCGCUUCUGUGGCAUUAACCGUCCAUUUGCACGCUCCACCAACAUGAGCAAGAGCCGGACAGUCUACAUGGUGCUGAUGGUAUGGUUGGCUGCUGGCUGUAUUGCUUUGCUGCCCUUAAUAGGUGUCGGGAGCUACCAAUUACAGUAUCCUGGUUCCUGGUGUUUUUUCAACAUCAAUUCGGAAGGAAGUAAUAUGGUCUUCUCCCUGCUCUUCUCCCUCGUGGGGUUGACUUCGAUCGUUGUGUCAUUUUUACUGAACACAGUGAGUGUGGUGACGCUUAUCAAGGUGUGCUGCGGACAGGACAGGACACAGCGGAGCCGAGACCAUGAAGUCGAGAUGAUGGUGCAACUUAUCUUGAUCAUGAUUAUUGCCUCUAUCAGCUGGUGCCCCCUCCUGGUCUUUAUUGCUCAAACAGUGCUCUCCAGCGAUCCUCUCCAGAUCGAGAAACUGCUGCUGUACCUCCGCUUUGCCACCUGCAACCAGAUCCUCGACCCAUGGGUUUACAUCCUGUUCCGGAGGGCAGUCUUUAAGAGAGUCUACCCCCGCUUUGACUGGUCCCGGAGCUCAAUCAUGACUUUGUACCCAUAUUUUCAAGAGACUGCACGCAGAUUCACACGAUCUUCAUUAGGGAGCAACCUGGGCUCAGAUGAAACAGGAGAAACAACAAAGUCAAAUGUCACUCCUCCAUCUACCUUAAAGUCACCUGACUGACGGUCAUGGUACAGUGUGUGUUUGUUUCUCUGAUCAGAAAUGAGUGAUCACAGGGAUCAGACAUGUACUCUCAGCUCCAUACAUCGCACUGAAGUUAACUAUAUGCACUGCUACCUAGAUAUACUGCUGCAUUAAGUUAACCGUAUUUAAUGUACCAUUAAAUAGGACAAAUUAUCUUGUUUUCUCUUUCUUUGAUGCAUGCCUAGACCUGAUGUUGUGCUAACCAUUUUAGGAGGAAACCCACAGGCAGCCUAGUCCCAUGAACCUGAAAUAUAGAAACUGUAAUAUUGUAGAAGUGCCUAUUGUUAACAAGAAAUAUCAUAUUAUACUAUAUUCACAUACAUUUGCUAAUAGUUACUCUGACUGAACAUGUCACAAACUCUGAAAACCUAUAAAAGAUUGAAAAAUGCUAAAAGAUCAGUUUCUUGCAUUUAACUUCAUUGUUUUUUACUGAGUGAGAUAUUCUGUUUCAAGGUUGUCUGUUACAUAUGGGCUGAAGGAUGUUUACAAGAGGAAAAAAGAUGGAUUAUUACAAAUAUCAAAAGUCUUGACCCACCUUUCAUUCCUGUAUAUUUAUCUAGAAUAUGUGCAGUGAAAACAGUGUGUUAGCAAUUCCAAUGUGUUUGAAUGUUAGUAUUGGAAAAUGUGAAGAAAUGAGGGAUCAAAAGUGAUGGUAACUUCAUUAUAAGUUGAAAUUCCCAACUACUUUGAUUUGUAUUUGGUCAAACUGACAUAGGAAGAAAGCUAAAUUCUGUUUUUUACAUACAAGGUUUAAAUUGCUUAUCAUCUAUUACAGUGUUGUAUGACAAUCAUAUUGAUUAUUGUGUCUCAAUUCAGUUACUUCCAAAGUGGACCCUUGCAGAACAGGACAAUUUAACGCAGAUCAGCCUCAACCAAUGACACAACACAUGUAGACAAAGUUAUUGUAUGUAUUUUUUUUAACAAAUUAAUAUUUUACUGAUAACUGGUAUGUUGUUCUCAUGAUCUCCAGAAAUCAUCUCUUUAUUCUCCCUAACAAAUACUGGUAUGUAGUCACUUAGAUAUAAAUUUGUUUUAUUUUGGUAUACCAUCCAUUAAAAUGCACAAGUGCUGCUCAACUGAAUGGAAGGUGUUAAUUAAAAAUGAUGUAUUGUGCCGGAGUAUGGUUAAGUGUAAGUGGGAGUAAGUAUGAAAAUGCAUGUGUGAAGAUUUAUAAUUUGAAUGAACUCACCCUUUAAAAAGCAGGACUCAGUUCUUGGAGGAAGUACAGUGCAUCCUAAACAUCUAGAUAAACUACAAUUAGAUAACCUAAACAAGUACACUGUCUAGAGUUUAAAUUUGGAGAACGUUAUUGUAUUUUAUUUUGAUUGUUAUAAAAUCUUCUGCCUCUUUGAGAUCUCAAGGCUAAGAUUUAAAUGUGAUGUGGACUGAGAAUAUGUUUUGUUAAGAGAGCAAUAUUUACACUCAUCAUGCACAUAAAGUAAUGCACGUUGUAAUAUCACUCAACUCAACCAGUCUUCCACAACAGUUUUUUUUUUUUUUACUCCAUAAAAGCUCUCCUGUGACAAUGAGGAGUAAAUGUUGAUUGUUCACGUAAAUAAAGGCUCAAAAAAA